CAUCCCUCCUCCCGCCCGCGCUCCCUCCCUUUGGCUACCGCUCCCCCGGGAGCGGCGGCGGCGGCGGCGGGAUGGCCCGGGCCCGAGGCCAGGCCCCGGGGAGCGGCGGGCGGCGGCGGCCGCGGCGGGGCGGCGCGGGAACCGGGCCCCGGGGGGAGUCGGCCGGGCUGCUGCUGCUGCUGCUCCAGGUGCUGCCGCCCGGGGCUACGGCAGGGCCAGGACGCCGGGGCACGCGGGGCGCCGGCGGCGGCGGCGGCGUCUGCUGGCCCGGCGCGGCCCCAGCCUUUCUCCGGGACGCGCGGCUGCUGCUGCUCCUGCCGCCGCUGCCGCCACUGUCGCCGCCGCCGCCGCCGAGCUCCGCGCCCGCAGCCUCCGCCUCCCGGAUGGACGCUCUGCCCCGCAGCGGGCUGAACCUGAAGGAGGAGCCGCUGCUGCCCGCCGGCCUGGGCUCAGUGCGCUCCUGGAUGCAGGGCGCAGGCAUCCUGGACGCCAGCACCGCGGCGCAGAGUGGCGUGGGUCUGGCACGAGCACAUUUUGAGAAGCAGCCUCCCUCCAACCUCAGGAAAUCCAACUUCUUCCACUUCGUGCUGGCCAUGUACGACCGGCAGGGGCAGCCCGUGGAGGUGGAGCGCACAGCCUUCAUCGACUUCGUGGAAAAGGACCGAGAGCCCGGGGCGGAAAAGACUAACAAUGGGAUCCAUUACCGCCUCCGGCUGGUGUAUAACAAUGGACUUCGGACGGAGCAAGACCUCUACGUGCGUCUCAUCGACUCCAUGUCCAAGCAGGCCAUCAUCUAUGAGGGGCAGGACAAGAACCCCGAAAUGUGCCGAGUGCUGCUCACCCAUGAGAUCAUGUGCAGCCGGUGCUGUGACCGGAAGAGCUGUGGCAACCGGAAUGAGACGCCCUCAGACCCCGUCAUCAUUGACAGGUUCUUCCUCAAGUUCUUCCUCAAAUGCAACCAGAACUGCCUGAAGAAUGCAGGGAAUCCCAGAGACAUGCGCCGCUUCCAGGUGGUGGUGUCCACGACGGUGAGCGUGGACGGACACGUGCUGGCCGUGUCCGACAACAUGUUUGUGCACAACAACUCCAAGCAUGGCCGCAGGGCGCGCCGCCUGGACCCCUCCGAAGCUGCCACCCCCUGCAUCAAGGCCAUCAGCCCCGGGGAGGGCUGGACCACGGGCGGAGCCACCGUCAUUGUCAUCGGCGACAACUUCUUCGACGGGUUGCAGGUCGUGUUCGGAAAUGUGCUCGUGUGGAGCGAGCUCAUCACGCCCCACGCCAUCCGGGUGCAGACGCCCCCGCGGCACAUCCCCGGGGUGGUGGAGGUGACCCUCUCCUACAAGUCCAAGCAGUUUUGCAAGGGAUCCCCCGGCCGCUUUGUCUACACAGCUCUGAACGAGCCCACCAUUGACUACGGAUUCCAGAGGCUACAGAAAGUCAUUCCCAGACACCCCGGAGACCCCGAGAGGCUGCCCAAGGAAGUGUUGCUGAAGCGGGCGGCCGACUUGGCAGAAGCCCUGUACGGAGUGCCCGGCAGUAACCAGGAGCUCCUCCUGAAGCGCGCGGCGGACGUGGCCGAGGCUCUGUACAGCACCCCCCGCGCACCCGGGCCGCUCGGACCCCUGGCCCCGAGCCACCCACACCCUGCCGUCGUGGGCAUCAACGCCUUCAGCAGCCCGCUGGCCAUCGCCGUCGGGGACGCCACCCCGGGGCCCGAGCCGGGCUACGCGCGCAGCUGCAGCAGCGCGUCUCCCCGCGGGUUCGCGCCCAGCCCCGGCUCGCAGCAGAGCGGUUACGGCAGCAGCCUCGGAGCUGGCCUGGGCGGCUACGGCGCGCCGGGCGUGGCCGGCCUCGGCGUGCCUGGGUCCCCCAGCUUCCUCAAUGGCUCCACCGCCACCUCGCCCUUCGCCAUCAUGCCCUCUAGCCCCCCGCUGGCGGCUGCCUCCUCCAUGUCCCUCCCGGCCGCUGCCCCCACCACCAGCGUCUUCUCCUUCUCGCCUGUCAACAUGAUCUCCGCCGUCAAACAGAGGAGCGCCUUCGCCCCCGUGCUGCGCCCCCCGAGCUCCCCACCCCAGGCCUGCCCCAGAGCCCACGGAGAGGGGCUUCCAGACCAGUCUUUUGAGGAUUCUGACAAGUUCCACUCUCCAGCCCGGGGGCUUCAGGGCCUGGCGUACUCCUAAUUACGGUCUGCAGCUGUUCCCAUGGAGCCCCGACUGGAGGUCCCUCUGGGAUUCACAGCCACA